CCCCCAACUUUCAUUUCCUACUCACCAACCCAAACGCAGGAGAUUCUUACCAACCCAAAUCAACUUGACACUUUGGGCAUUCUUCAAUCCAAACACGGCCUAUCUUAACUUAAACUAAUUUCAUCACCACAUCACCAUUUUUAAUUUAGCUAUUUAAGAAACUAAUGCUUCAUUUAAAGAUCUUUCAUUUGACACUUCACAUAUAAUAAUCUACUCUCUCUCUCUCCCUCUGCCAGGAGUUUUCUCUCUCAUGGCGGCCGUUACUCCAACUAAAUCUCUGCUUCAUUCCUCCUCAUCCUUCCCAAAAUCUUCGUUUUCCUCCAAAACCCAAUUCAAUUCCAUUAGUUUUAAGAAAACCCAGUCGGGAUUAGAACCGAUUCGCUCGAAAUCGGGCAAUGCGUGUUUUUCGGGGGGAGAGGGGUUCGGAAGAACAAGAAGGAGAACAGAGAGGAGGGAGGAAGGAUUGGUGGUGAGGUGUACGGCGGAGGGGAUAGAGAGGGGAUUGCUGGUGGGAGGGAGGGGGCAGGAAGGUAAAUUCGUGGUGCCGGAGAGGUUCAAGGUGGUGGCGCUAUUGGCGUGCGUGAUGUGCCUUUGUAACGCGGAUAGAGUUGUCAUGUCCGUGGCCAUUGUCCCCCUUGCUGCCAAACAUGGCUGGAGCAGCUCUUUUCUCGGCAUCGUUCAGUCCUCAUUUCUAUGGGGAUACAUAUUUUCAUCCGUCGUGGGAGGAGCCUUGGUAGACAAAUACGGAGGAAAAAGGGUGAUCGCUUGGGGCGUGGGCUUGUGGUCUAUCGCCACUCUCCUCACCCCAUGGGCUGCAAAUCACUCCACAAUCGCCCUCUUGUCUGUUCGUGCCUUCUUUGGCCUCGCCGAAGGCGUGGCUCUCCCUUCCAUGAACACCCUCUUGUCAAGGUGGUUUCCAAGCCAUGAAAGAGCUACUGCAGUGGGAAUGUCAAUGGCUGGAUUUCAUCUUGGAAAUGUAGCAGGAUUAGUACUAACUCCUAUAGCCAUGUCGUCAAUCGGAAUUGCUGGUCCUUUCAUUUUCUUCUCAUCCCUUGGGCUUCUCUGGCUCACAACAUGGGCAUAUGGGGUUACAAAUGAUCCAAACGAGAGCCAGUUUAUCAGCAAAUCAGAGCUGCGGUUGAUCCAAGCCGGCAAAUCCAACACUUCGCUGAAGAAAGGCGAGCUUCUGCCCCUCCGCCUCCUGCUGUCAAAAUUACCCACAUGGGCAAUUAUUGUUGCAAAUGUUACCAAUAAUUGGGGAUACUUCGUUAUGCUUUCAUGGAUGCCAGUUUACUUUAAAACUGUAUUCAACGUGAAUUUAAAACAAGCGGCUUGGUUCAGCGCCGUGCCAUGGGGAACAAUGGCGAUAUCGGGCUACAUUGCUGGACUGGUUUCAGAUUUCUUAGUAAAGGCGGGAUGUUCCGUGACAUUAGUCAGGAAAAUUAUGCAGUCCAUUGGAUUUAUUGGGCCUGGGGUGUCAUUGCUCCUUUUGAACUAUGCCAAGACGCCAGUAGUUGCAUCCAUAUACAUCACUGCAGCCCUGAGCUUCAGCUCUUUCAGCCAAGCUGGCUUUCUCCUCAAUAUGCAAGAUAUUGCUCCUCAGAACGCGGGAUUCCUCCAUGGCAUUGCGAAUUCAGCUGGAACUCUGGCUGCAAUAGUAAGCACAAUCGGAACGGGUUACUUUGUGCAAUGGCUUGGAUCAUUUCAAGCGUUCCUUACCGUCACGGCAGGACUUUAUUUUGCUUCAACCAUUUUCUGGAACCUCUACGCGACCGGAGAACGAGUAUUCUAGGCAGAAAACUCUCCUCACUUUCGGAAUACUCCUUAGGGUGUAUCCAAGAAAAAGAAAAAUUAGGUGGACGAAGAUGCAAAUAUGUUUAUUGGUCAGUGUUAAAAAAUUUUGUCAUUGACUUUGGUACCUAUAUAUAUUGUGAAAUAAAAGAACGAUUCUUUGGUUUUUU